CUGAUCACUACGCUUUACUUGGCCAAUCACAGAGUUUGAGCCGUUCGUUCCUCACGUCAAACUUGUGUGGCAAAAAGAAAUCUCACAUAUGACAUGUGCUGACAUAGUGUUGCAAAGCGGAUGUAAAAUGAAUUAUUACCAGAUGCUUCCUACCGAUGAAGACGUCUUAAGCCCCCUUGGGCUGCCCGAUGCUGGAACUACCACCAGUUCCAUAAUAUAUGCCAACUGGGCGCACCUUCCAGAGUGGAUCAAGGAGGUGUUGGGUGAUAAUUGGUACAUAAUCGCGAAGUCGGGGUAUGUCGGUGUGACAGAGGCGAGCACAGAUGCAUGCUGGUGGCUGGAACGUAAAGGAGCAAAGACAAGCACCUCGACAAUGAUCAGUAUUAAUGUCCACGUCGCGUCGCAGCUAGAUGCCGACGGGGUCUUGGACAUGGCUGCUUCUAAACAGGCCGCACGUCGCUGCCUUGCAGGAAUCAUCACCAGCACUUCUCGCGAUAUCAAGGACGUAUGGACUCGCGGAGGGCUUGAUGAGUUUGGCGAGUGUUCCGUGCAGGACCUAGAUGGUAGUCGUUUUGUCCUCGUUGCAGGUCAGACGGUACUGGAUAUACGUGAUCGUGGGAUGGAUUUGACUGCAGAGGUUUUUGAAGGUUAUGCCCGCAAGCUGUUGGAACAUACAGUUCGCAGGGAUAGUCCACUGCCCCUGACUGCACCCAUCAUCAAGCGUGGCCCAUUGUUAUCCCUGUCCGACAAAUACGACCUUGAAUCGCGCCCGAAAAACAUCCAGAUUCGUUCUGUCGUUCCACGAUUUUCUCUUUGGUUUGAAUUGAGAGGGCCCAUUGCUGUCGCCGAUGCCACUGUCGAGGGAUCUGCUGACGAUAUUUCACUUGAAAGUCGUGUAGUUGAAGAGGACGUUAGGGUGAGGUUUACAUUUGCGGUUGCAACACCGGGACACCAUCUUGUUGAGGUGCAUGCGCACUUUGCAGACUCGGAAACAAUGGUUUUGACGUCACAGAUGUUUGAGGUUGAACUCUUAUACACGAGGCGCAUGUGAUGAAUUAGCACAUCGAUCUAUUUAAAUUUAAUUAUCUUUAAUGUACUCUACUAUUGGUCACCAUUUUGAUACAAAUUCUCAAUGAACCCCUGCAGCCGCAUUCCCUCCUCCCAGCAACAAUAUUGGCCUGGGAUGUCAACAUAUAAGAUUGUUGCACCAUGAGUAUGUCGACAGUCCAUUCUCAAUGCAACGAUUCAAUAGGCAGAACACCGCCUUGCUACCACUAUUAAGAAAGACCAGCAUUGAGU